AUGAAAAUCACGAUCCGGUGCGCUUCGAAGGUACAAGAGGUCGAUAUUUCUGCAGGUAAUGAAACGGAGGAAAGCAGCGAUUCCUUGAAGACGCUUGGCGAAUUGAAGAAAAUCACCCAAGAAAUAGCACAAUCCAUCAAUUUGGAUCCGUCGAGUUUAAAAAUUAUCAAAGCUAGUCGAACGCUAACCGGGGAUGACUCUACUCCAUUGAGUGCUUUCAAAUUUAAAGAAAACGAGAAGAUCAUGGUUAUGGGACGACCAAUGCAGGCGGAUCCUAUCUUGAAGCAACUUAACGAGUACGAGAAGAAAAAUCUCAUCGAUUUGCAGGACACGUUUCUCAAAAUAGGCCAAGAUCUCACUGAACUCGAGAAGGAUUUCUUGGAAGGAUCACAAAGAGAGGAAAUGAUUCGGAAGAUGGAUAAACGAGUCAAACUUUUCAACGAGGCUGGUCUUCGACAUCUAAUGGCGCUUGAUGCGAUUUCGAUGAGCAACGAACAAACGACUCCUGAACAAGUCCAACGUAAUCGAGAACGACGAAAAGCACUCAUCGACGGGAUUGACCAUCUGCUCAAUUUGAACGACAAAUAUGGUGGUCGCUUAAAAGAAUAUCAAACAAAAGCUGCUGACACGGGCCUC